UCGAUAUUUUUCGCUAUUAAUCGAACGGUAACACUGCUGUGUACAGUCGAUACAGCACUUUGCCAUAAAAACCAAAUUUUUUGUAGUUGUUGUAGUGGCCAAUACGCGGCAAAAGAAGAAAACUGGAUUUGUCGUAAACAACCUGAAGGAAACAAGGAGGCGGACCCAAAAAAACAACCCGAAAAUAGUCAAGCAAUCAAAACAUCCAAACACAAACAUGGCGAAGCUGGGCAAAAAGAAAGUUGUGGAGGAGCAGAGUCGCAAGAAAAUCAAAAACGGAGCCGAUAGCGUUGAGGAGACUAAAAAGCAUACAGAAAAAAACGCGCCAGUGGAGCGGGCCACCCGACGCAGCUCUAAUGCGGACACUGGAUCAUCGAGCUCGAUCUCCACCGCACCAUCGUCCGCUCGGAAGAAACAAGCGCAAAAACGCAAAGCCAAGUCGAGCGAUCGUUCCAGUUCCGAGGACAGUGACGAUCUUCCACUGAACGGCAGGCAGUCCGCCGCUGCCAAGGAAUCCAAGGAAGACGAUUCUCGCUCCGCCACUCCGGCCAAGAAACGCAAGCAGGCCAAGACAAAGCCCCAGGAAAAGCCAACGCGGACCAGCCCGAACAAGAAUGGAAAGAAAUCGUCCAAGCCGUCAGACGAUGUGGAGGAGGAUGACUCGGCCGUCGAUGACUCCGAUGCCGAAAGCGGUGGUGAGGAGUACGAGGUGGAAGCCAUUAUUGGGCACAAGACUGUGCGUGGCGUUUCGCACUUCCUGGUGCGCUGGAAGGGUUAUGACGAGAGCGAGGACACCUGGGAGCCGGAGGCUGAUCUCAACUGCAAUAAUCUGAUUACCCAAUUCAGAGCCAAGGAGACGAAGCAAGAGAAUACCAAAGUCAAAGUAACCAAGGGCUCCAAGGCGACACCCAAGAAGGCUGCAACUGGGGGACGUGCUUCGACUGGCAACACUGGCGGUGGUGGCAAAAAAUCAGCCACAUCCGAUGAUCCAAACGAAAAGGAGUGGGUCGUCGAGCGUAUCAUUGACUAUGUGGAGGAUGAGGAGGAUGGUGGACUGUACCGUAUCAGAUGGAAGGGAUUUGGCGCCAAAGACGAUACCUGGGAGCCGGAAUCGAAUUUGUCGUGCCAGGGACUGAUUGAAAAGUUUAAGCGCCAAAUGGACACUGAUCCGAACGUUGAUCCCAUGGAGCUGCGCGAGUCGCCGAAGAAGACAAAGCGGCUGGUGAAUGAAUGCUAUCCGAGAACCAGCAUGCAUAAUCGCAUUGAGCGCUCCUCGAAGCGGGCCGUCGCCAAGAAUCGAGUCUUCUAUGGCGAGGAAUGAGUAAUGGUGCCCGAUGUGGCGGCCAUCUCCCCGGUUGCAGCCCGACCUCCUCAUCAAAAAUGACGUCUUAGUGGGCCGCUCAUCUAAUACGUUAGGGACCUCUAGGGACUUCCACGAUCCGUUUAUUAUUUUUCUCUUGUUUAUUUUUGUGUAUUUUUUUGAUUUAUUUUGUAAUUGGAUGGCACGCAGGCGUUGCUCGUGGGGAGGCAAAAACGUAAAAAAGAAAAAACAAAGUACGUCAGGAGCACCCGAGUUGUAGCUAUUGGCCCCUCGAAUAACAUACCCACACACCACACCUACACCUACACCAUAAAUUACAAAAAAAAAAAAAAGAAUAAAAUAAAAGGAAAAACUGACUUCAGUUUUGCGUAGCACCUAAGUGAUUGCAGCACCAUAUAUAUUCGGUAUUAUAUCUGGUUGUGCUGCUCUCAGCCAGCGUUCUAGUACAUAAGACACCUCUAACUGUAGGACCCCCUUAAAGCGACCCCCCAAAAAACGAAAAAAAAAAAAAAAAAAAAACCAUAAACAAAAUAAACUUUUAUUCUUAAGCUAAAAGAAAGAAUCCUUCGUAUACUUCAUCCAGGUAUUCACUAUGAAAUUGGAUAUUCUUGACUUUUUCUAAUUAUUUUUUUUUUUUUCGACUAUUUGGCCACUGAUUCCCCCUCCCCCACUCGAAAAAGUUUUGAAUAUAUGUGUACGCUACCGAAUAGAACAUCAAAAUUAGUAAUAUGAAUAUGAAUAAAUAAAAUGGACCUUCGAUUCCAAAUAAAUGUCCAAAUAAAGGACAUCACCAAAAA